AAGCAGGAUCUGCGCCUGAAUCAUUCUUAUCAAGUUCAAGUGUUCACGUUCCAAGCAUUCUCUCGACAGAACCGUCCAGAGUUCGUGUGCAUCGUUACUUUAAGCAACUCAAAUCUAUAAACAAAAUGGUAUUUGUCUUCCUUAAAGCCCUCUUAGUCCUGGCCUUUGGCAGCAGCUUGGGCUCGACCGACACCUUCAAGUAUGGCGACAGGGACGGUAACCUAUUCCUCGAUGUUUCGAUAUCCGAAGCUCAAAGCGAUCGCCCCGAAUGGGGGCUCGUCGAGCCUUGGACGAGCGACUAUAUUGCAGCCCUUCAAGAGAAUAGAUACGGGGACGCAAUAUGGGCGCGCUAUCAAAUGUUCGGCGGUACUUCGAAUGGCACCUACCUAGAGUAUCCCCAAUGGACAGUCCGCGAAGCCAUCGAGGAGGACGCUAUUGGAUACCGACUUCAUGCACGAGACGAUUGGAACUACGCCAUGACUAUCUAUGCCAAGUCAAGCAGGAAUAUACAGAGUGAUAUACUUGACCUUAUGUUUGAUGUCGACCGCAGGAGCUACUAUCGACUAUUUAGAGACCAGGCUCGGUUGCAUAAACGUUUUCAACAAAGUGAACACAUCCUUCCAGAUUGCGACUGCAAGGAGACUGUUCGGAGCGCAGUUGACUCUGUUGUGGAGCUUAAGUAGUCGAUUUGAUCCACCUUUGCUUCGAGAUGUGAAGCAUCAUGAGGAAACUUGUAAAUUCACGUUUCGGCUUUUCUGUUCAGAUAUCGCUCUUUACCAUGCUUCAAAGAUUACGGGACUUUAUGUAUGCAUCUCCAGACCAGUCUGGCAGCUUGGUCGAGCAGUUACUUAGAUACAAAUUGACGGCACUCACACGAGGUUUCUGUUUAUGCUCUCAGCUCGGUCAUUUGAUAACUUACUCCGUUUCGAAGGGCUCCACGUUUUGAUAGGUCUCAGGCUAUACAUCAGUAUCUAGACUUACCGGGUAUAACAUGACUCGAGUACUAUUGAUCAAUCUGUGGAGACUUCAGUAUAAAGGACAAAUUCCCAGACUCUACCUGUCUUUAUUUAGAAUUAAUCUGGUGACAUUGAAGCUGA